CUUGAUAACUUAUAUAUAUCAUUGUAGGUUGUUUACUGUCGUGUUCCUCUCUCCCUGUCACAAAAUAUCAUCAAUUUUUUGAUCUGAAAAAUCGCAAACAACAAGUGUGUUGUUGUGCAGGUAAAUAUGGGAGUGGUUGAAAACAACGGCGUGGACGAGGGAACGCUCGAGAUCGGAAUGGAAUAUAGAACCGUCUCUGGAGUUGCUGGACCACUGGUCAUCCUUGAUAAAGUGAAGGGACCUAAGUAUCAAGAAAUUGUCAAUAUCCGGUUAGGAGAUGGAAGUAUUAGACGUGGUCAAGUCUUGGAAGUUGACGGAGAGAAGGCCGUUGUUCAGGUUUUCGAAGGAACAUCUGGAAUUGACAAUAAAUUUACCACUGUUCAGUUCACUGGAGAGGUGUUAAAAACUCCUGUUUCUAUGGAUAUGCUUGGGCGCAUAUUCAACGGUUCUGGGAAGCCAAUUGAUAAUGGUCCUCCAAUUUUGCCAGAGGCUUACCUGGAUAUAUCUGGAAGUUCUAUCAAUCCUAGUGAGAGAACAUAUCCGGAAGAAAUGAUACAGACUGGUAUCUCUACUAUUGAUGUCAUGAAUUCUAUCGCUAGAGGACAAAAGAUUCCUCUAUUUUCUGCUGCUGGUCUUCCCCACAAUGAAAUAGCUGCUCAGAUCUGUCGUCAAGCUGGUUUAGUUAAGCGGCUGGAAAAGACAGAAAACUUACUUGAGAGUGGAGGAGAAGAGGACAAUUUUGCUAUCGUCUUUGCGGCUAUGGGGGUGAACAUGGAGACUGCACAGUUUUUCAAACGUGAUUUUGAGGAAAAUGGAUCUAUGGAGAGAGUGACUCUUUUUCUGAACCUUGCCAAUGAUCCUACAAUAGAGCGUAUCAUCACUCCUCGUAUUGCUCUGACCACAGCAGAAUAUUUGGCUUAUGAAUGUGGGAAACAUGUUCUUGUUAUCUUAACAGAUAUGAGUUCAUAUGCUGAUGCCCUUCGAGAGGUCUCUGCUGCUAGAGAAGAAGUACCUGGUAGGCGUGGAUAUCCUGGGUAUAUGUAUACUGAUUUGGCGACAAUAUAUGAACGUGCUGGACGAAUCGAAGGCCGAACAGGCUCCAUCACCCAAAUUCCAAUUCUGACUAUGCCUAAUGAUGAUAUUACACAUCCCACUCCGGAUCUUACGGGUUACAUUACUGAGGGACAGAUCUACAUUGAUAGACAGCUCCAUAACAGACAGAUUUACCCACCAAUCAACGUGCUUCCAUCCCUAUCUCGAUUGAUGAAGAGUGCUAUUGGUGAGGGGAUGACCCGCAAAGAUCAUUCUGAUGUAUCCAACCAGCUAUAUGCAAACUAUGCCAUUGGGAAAGAUGUCCAGGCGAUGAAAGCUGUGGUUGGAGAAGAAGCUCUUUCUUCUGAGGAUUUGCUCUAUUUGGAGUUUCUGGACAAGUUUGAGAGGAAGUUUGUGGCUCAAGGAGCAUAUGACACCCGAAACAUCUUCCAGUCACUUGAUUUAGCAUGGACACUUCUGCGUAUCUUCCCCCGUGAACUUCUUCACCGUAUACCAGCCAAAACCCUUGAUGCAUUCUACAGUCGUGAAGCUACCAAUUAAAAUGACAAAGGACAAAGCUUUUGUACCAUAGUUUUCUUCACCACGUUGGUGCUGUUGUAAUAAGGGUUAUGUUUUAAUUUGAAUUUGUUGAAAGCCCAAGAUCUGAUACUUUCGAUAAGAGGCAAUUAGGAUAUUUAUUUGGUAUAGAUCCAACUCGCGAGAUGUUUAGCAUGAGAAUCAUGUUUUCCAAGACUAUUUGUUCUCUCCCAUGACAAUUACAUUACAAUAUUACAUAUAUGCAUAUUUACAGAUGAAAGCAUACUUUGAAAUUGAUUCUUUA